UCAACAUGGCGGAGGACAUUGAAAAGCACGAAACGGAAAAAUAAUGUCUGGUAGAAAAAUGAAACAUCGUCAAAGAUGAUGCGGAGAUCACGGAUUGCUGUACGGCCCAAUGUAAGGCCUGGAAGCCGAGGGCUGACCGCCACACAGGAUGCACAGCCUGUGUGGAGCAGCACAAAUGAUGCUCGGGACUGUGAUGAAGCACCUCAGAGCUCUGGGACGGAAGCUGGUGGAGCUGGAGUGCAGAAGGGGGCAGCAGACCAACCUGAUGAAAAAGAAUGCAGCGAUCAUUCAACACAUAGUACCCGUUGUUCACAGCCGGAAAAAGCUUCUUUUCACUUGGAUGGAAAACACCAGAAUGGAGAGACCACUGCUUGUAGCAACCCCCCAGUUCCUUCCUGGCAAAGAAGAAAUCGAUUUUGUGUCAUGCCUAAUCUUACCAAGACCAGGAUGAUUGCAGCACCAACCCGCUCAUUUCACAGGACUCCCAGGUCUCCUGCCGCAAAGGCAGUAGGAAGUCCCCCAGCUGAGGUCACAGUAGCUGAAUCUGAAGGCCAGCUGCAGUUGAACAGCAAUUCCUCACAUGCUCUCAGAUCUCCAAGCAGACAGAGGGCUUCUAGCUGUGGAAAACAGCCCAAAAUUCAAAGCAGACCUGCACCCUUGUCAUCAGCCUCCAAAAACCAGAGUGAUUCUUCUCAAGCGAGGAAACUUGUAUCUAAAACAACGCCAUGUUUGCCUGCGGAAGUGUUGGAGCGACAGCAGGAGGCAGCCCCCAGCCACAGCAGGGCCUUCACAAGUGAACCCUCUCCAGUGGCUCCAAAGUUAUUACAGGGCAUUGUGUCAUUUACAAAGGUCCAUCCACCUCUGUCCACCUUGACCUCAAGGAACCAGAGUAUCUCCUUUGAACGCGAGAGGAUUGUGAAGGCCAACAAGCUGAGGGAGCUUCUAAAGCGAGAAUGGAAAAAAGAGAGGAAGCACAAGAAAAGCAAAUCCAUCGUUUCUGAAUGCAACACACCACAGGACCGUAACAAGAUGACAAUGGCAGACCUUAUCCACUAUCUUCCAGACACCAAUCCAAUGAAAUCCUACCUCGUGGAGGAGAUGAAACACACUGAAAAAGUUGUUCCGUCAUCACCGUGCAAAAAUCUGCAUGAGGACCCACGAAAAAAUGAAGUAGAGGAUGACAGGCAUGUGGAGGAUACUGAUAAUGAUCCUGCCCAGGAUGCUCAGCUGGCAGUGCCUAGGGUAAAAGUGGCAGAAGACGGUUCCUUGAUUAUCGAUGAGGAAAGUUUAACUGUUGAGGUCUCGAGGGUUAAAGGCCCUAACACAGUGGAGGAGAAUGACCCCAUUUUUGAACGUGGAUCUUCAACGACUUACUCGAGCUUCCGGAAAACCAGCUACACUAAGCCCUGGUCUGACAAAGAGACAGACAUGUUCUUCUUGGCCAUCAGCAUGGUAGGGACUGACUUCUCCAUGAUUGGCCAGCUUUUUCCUCACCGUGAAAGGGCAGAGAUUAAGAACAAAUUCAAAGAAGAGCGAACUAAUUCUUGGAGGAUUGAUAAGGCUUUCAGAGAGAAGCGCCGACUUGACCUUAACUACUUUAACACACUCCUGAAGAAGACUCUGGCUGAGGAGAACAUGAAGCGGGAGAAAUCUAAACCUGAUAGUCAGAUCAAGAGAAAGGUAGCAAGAAAACCGUCUAGUAAACAAAAAGGUAAGGUCCUUAGCCCUAAUGACCAAACUGCUGAGGAGGAAAUGGACAACGAAGUGGCUGAGGUGGACUCUGAGACAGCUGAGAAAGAGAAUGAGGACUGCACUAAUGUCAUUGGGUCUGCAAACGAAGAUGCCUCUUUCCAAAGGAAACACAAAUCUAAACUUGAGGAACUGGAAGAUUCAUCCUCUGAAAAGCACACAAAUGGAAGGAGGCCAAUUAACUGUAGUAAUGAUGAUGAUGCUGUAGUCAGUGAUUUAGUUACAGACACUCCAGCAUCUCAUGCUGAUGCGAAAAGGUUGGAGACACCUGAUCAUCCUGAGGUAGCCAGAAAGGGGCCAGUGAUCAAGCCAGCCCAGCUGUCAAGGGGACGCCUCCAAAAACCUAUCCCAAACUUUGAAAGGCACUGGGCCAAGAAGCUUCUGGGGAUGAAAGAAAAGCCUUGUAAUAAAGCUAAAGCAGGAUGUGAGCAAGAUCAGGAAAUUGGUGUCAUAGAGGCUGGUGCUGAAGCUGAAGGAUACGUGGAGAACAAGCCUCAGCAAAGUAAGAGGCAAGCUGGAGGCGUCACCUCUCUUGACGAUGAUAAGGACGAGGAUACAGAGGAUGAGCUGGACCUAAUGGCCAUGCAGGAACAGAUGCUCAACAAGCCCACCAGGUCAGGAAGAAUCCCGAAGAUAUCCCAGGUCUUGCAACAGGCUGGAGAGGAAGACUCCCCUGAUGAGGCUUCAUCCACCUCUCCUCCACCACAACCAAAGGCCUCCCCCAAACAGCAGCGCAGGAGAGCCAAACCUAAGCCCAACUUGGACAUGAGCAAGAGGAGCAAGGGAGGCUUGAGGUCCAAGCUGGUCACCUUGCGAGCCCCACUUCCAGAGGACUGCGAGGAAGAGGAACAGAGUGAGGCCCGGCCCGAGGAGACCUACAGUUUUCCCAUCAACCCUGAGGAGCAGAACCAGGCACCUGCCUUUGUGCCCUUGAGCCUACGUUCUCCAGAACCUGUGAGGCUGGAGGUUGAGGAAAGCAUGGAGGAGCUUGAGAUUUCGGUCAAUGUCCCUGAUGUCCUGGACGUGUCUGAAACUCAGGAUAGCCUCUGUUCUCAGUCAGAGUGCCCAGGGGUGCAGGAGGAGGUGACUGUGACUACAGAACAUCAGUUAGAUCUACUUGUUGAUGUGAUGGAGUAUUUGUCCCCAGAACAUGAAGAAGUGGUAACAAACUCUGAAGAGAGCUCUAAUGAGGCGGCCCGGACACUCCUGACAAUAAGAAACCCAGAACUCUUCUCCCUAGCUACCUCCACAUGCCACACUGAAGCUUCCAUUCCUGAGGAGCCCACCUUAAAGAAGCCCGAAAAAGAGGAUGCAACUGGGACGGAGAACAAGCCGGAACAUAUUGAGCAAACACUGUGUGUUGCAGAGCCUUCUCAUACCAAGACCUGUGACUUCUCUGACCCCAGCUCUUUAGACAGGGCUAAUCACCCACAGCCUGAAUCUGCAGCACACUUAGACAUGGUACAGGAAACCUAUGGAUCCGACAAUCAACGGAUAGAGACCUCUUGCCCGUCUCCAUCGUGUCAAGAGAGUAACAUCUGUGCCAGUUCAAGAGAUGCAGAGGACCCCUCGUCUGACUUGAGCUCAUUUCUUAAAGCCACACAGAUCAGAAAAAGCCGGUUUGCAAAACCCAGACCAAAUUUGGGAGGAAUAACCCAAAAAUGUCAAGUUCAGCUGAGCCGGAGUAGUGUACCCACCAGCUCAGAAGAUGCUGCUGACUUUGCUUCAAGCCCAGUUUUUCUGAAGCCUUUUGAAGAAGAAAAGAGUAAUGCUGAGAAUAUUGCCAAGGGUAAAGUUUUGGAAGAAAGCAAGGAUGAAGGAGCAAGUGUGAAAAAAAUGAAUGAAAGGUUGGAAGACUCAGCUAAUUCUCAGGAAGGGGCCCAGAGCUCUGAUGCAUUACCUCCGAGGACCAGAGAGCCUCAGAGCCGGAGAAGUCGAUUCCCCAAGCCCAAACCCAACCUGGAUCGUGCCACUCGAAAUCCACAGAGGGCAACAUCCCAGACACACUCAGCACCUAACACAGUUACUGGGCGGCCGACUGAAGAGACCCCAGCUAAGGCAAAAAGUGCAGACGCAGAAGCAGUCAAGACAUCUAUGAGUGAAGCUCAGUUAAAGGAAGGUGAAAGGCCCGGAUGCAAAGCAACAAUUGAACAGCAACAAGCCACAAAUCUCCACACUGACAAGGAGCUUGUCUUUACCCCCAGUGGCACAACAGAAGAUGAGUUCAACCACCGGGAGCCCACUAUUAUCCUGACUCUGUUCCAAAUUCCAUCAUCGCCAGCUGAUGAGUACGAGUCCAGCUCUGUUCCAGUUGGGACAGUCACCGCUGAGCUCCUCUCUCCUCUAAUGUUUGUGGAUGCACAGUCUGAACCUCAGAGCAGAGAUCCCCUGACUGCAUCAGAAGUACAGAUGGCAGGAGGUUGCAGCAGCAUCUCUCACUUCAUGGUCAGCAACCCCUUGGAAGAGCAUGGAGGCGAGAAAUGUCAUGCUGAAAGACCUGACGACUUAUGCGAAGAGGAAGAUAUCACCCUUUCACUGGUACCAGUGGAGGAGUCAUGUGGUCCAUUGGAUACUGGAUCUGAGGAGGCAGGUGUGGAUGCUGUCCAUCCUCUGAAAAAGAGAAGAAUAGCCAUCAAGACAAGAAGAGGUAAAUCCAGUCCAAGCCCUUCCGAGAGUGCACCAGUAAAUCCCAGAGAAAGGGAACGGGUGGAUCUUGGAGACGAACCUGCAGCACCUAUUUCCUUCCAGAUGUCUUUCCAGGAAGAACUUCCCACAGUAGCCACAAUCUCUGCCUGGCAGAGCCUCACAGAGCCUCAAAUGCCAGCUGCUGCAGAGCUGCAACGAGGUGCUGUGGGCCAUACUGACCCUCUGCAGCAGAACACGGAUACAACUGUUAGAGUAGAGAAAGUGAACAGCAGUAAAGAGGAGGAGUCAGAGCCAAACUAUCAGAUCCCACCCCUGGCCUCAGAUGGGCCACUCACCAGGAGGCCUGGAAGAAAGCCCCGAGGAUUCCUGUCUUUUAUCUCCAACAAAACUUCCACUGGCUCUGCCGGCAUUGCGAGGAUGAGCAGAUCCAUAUCUCAGAGGCCUUUGGUGAACACUGCUCGCGUAGAGAGAAGAAGAUCCUCAGCAGCAUCCAUGGGAACAGCCACAGAGACCCCUGCGAUAAAUGACACCUGUUCCAAAGUCAUGGUCGCUUCGUCCCAGGGCGUACACACACAUAAUAUUGCAUCCCCUCAAGACUCAGAAUCUCCACCCAGUGAGGUUUCCUGUGCCAAACCAAUGGUACAUAAGGCUGACGGUAAGGAACCCACGAAGGUGACAGAGUACUUCUUCAGUGAUAUCUUCACAGAAGUCGAGUACCAAGAUGGACACCAGCCGUGAGAAGACAAGAGGAUCCUGACAGAUGCUUGAGGAACAGCUUUGAACCUAAAUGUUCUUGCUCACAAAAAUGAGCCAGUUUAAAGAACCAUGUAGUCUCUGUGUUCCUAGAAAGGCUGUGUUUCGUCCUAAUCGAACCCUGACAGUCCUGGAAUUCAACCCUCAUCACAUCAUAAUACAGCCUUUUGGAAGAUAAUUUUUAAAUCUGAUUUUGUCGAGAAACCAGUUUUUGUCCUUUUCAGUUACGUGCUUUGCUUUUGGAUAUUAGGAUAAUUAGAACAGUGGGUUAUACCAUCUUUUGUGCACUUGUACAUCCAUUAGUUAUAUUACACAAUUUUUUACUUAUCAGUGUUUCUAAUAUUUAUCAAAACAUUUUCCUUUAUCAUUCAGUAUUCAUUUACAAUAAUGCUUUAAUAAAUUCUGGACAUUUUGUUGAUUUACCUUUUUAUCAGAAAAAUAAAAACUGCAAGGAAGCUGAUCAGUCUCAUACAAAAAUGGAAUAAUUGACAUUGGUCAAUUUCUGCAUUUAGUAGUUGAAUUGAAAGCUUUCAACGAUGUGCACAAAAGGGAAGAAUAAGAAAACUAUUUGGGGGGGAAAAAAGUAAAUUAGGUUGUGUAAAAUUAUUUGGUUAAAUGUUUCUUAAUCCCAUUUUUCAGAUUGAGCCUGUCUCAAACUGAACGUGAGUCAACUCUGAAUGUUAAAAAGCUGAUGUAAUAUUGCUAUGCACUUCAAAAAUGUAAUACUAUUGGCUUAUUGCUUUUUGUUUAAAGACUGAAACUUUUAGGAUGAAGACAUACUAACAACUGCAUCAUGAGUGUAGUCAAAGUAAUUUCAGUUGUAUUUAUUUGUUUUUUUUUUUUUCUGUCAUACGGUUUUUCUUGUGUUGUUCAGCAUGGUCAUUUCAGUAUACAGCAGUAUUUUGAUACCAUUUCCUCUUUAACUACUUCUCAAUUUGUGUUUCUUGUAUCCCUAUUUCAAGAUUUUAUAACUUCUUAUUACAAUGUGAAUGGUUUUUAGAGGAAUUCAACUGAUUUUUGAAAGGGGGCUUAGCUCUAUGAAAUGUACCACUUGUAUGCUAUGUAUACCAAAUAUAUUUGACAGUUGUCUCAGGAUGUUGUGUUAAUUUUAGUUUUUUAUACUUUGUCUUUUUUGGAAGGUUAGAUGCAUUGUUUCUUAUCGGUGCCUGUCAAGGGUAAAAUUUGCAUCUUUGAAUAGCUUUAAGUAAAUAACUUUUUUGGGCUGGAUAAAUGCUUUGUGAAGACACAAGGGCAUUGUGCAGAUCAUGGCCAUGUUGAGAUUGAGAAGGUCAUGCGUCUAAUUUCAGCUACCCACUCCGCUAAGAUUACGACAGUAGAUAGUAUUAUAGAAUAGGCCAGUGAAAAAAUCAAAAACUGGUAUUUGUUAUUACUGUCAUAUAAGAAAUGUAACCCAUUUGCAACAUUUGGUUUUUUUUGUGUAUAUGUACAGUGUGAUGUAAAUGUAAUAACUGUUAUUUUAUUGUACUGAAACUAUGGAAGACGUGAAAGCAGGGAUGACCCGUCUUAAGAGCAGCACUUGUACUGUGUAUCCUAUUCAAUUUGACAUUUAGAAUUAGCCUUUCACGUCAUACAAAUUGUUUUGGAUAUAUUUUUCUACUAAAGUGAGACACGAGUGUCAGUGCUUGAAUCCAUGGUAGGAGUUUGUGUUCUGUUUUCUCAGUACUGCCUGGUACUUAGAAACUCAGUGUGACCAACUGAACCAACUGAGCUGAAAGGCCAGACUUAGAAACUGUUCUAUUCAACCAUACAAUACAUUUGUUUUAGUCAUUUUAGUGUUAUGAAGUACACGUGAUAUACUCAUGUAAAAUGAAAAUAAAAAAUUU